AAAAUCGAAGUCCACCUCAUUUCUUCCCCUUCCUUUCUCUUUCUUACCGAAGGAAAAGGACAGGAAUGGAAAGGAAUUCCUUCCUUCUUCCUCCAAUUUAAUUAGACUAAUAUAUACUCAUUUUCCUUCCUUCUUGGCAGCCACCAUUCCAGGAACCAUCGAUCACUCAUUGACUCGUAGCAGCCACCAGCGCGUUUUUCUUCGUUCUCUUCUUCUCCGAUACACAAAUUAAUACUAACCCGUAAAUCAAGAUACCAAGAUAACCUACUUUCGUCUUCAGAUCUGCUCGCAAACCCAUCGUCAAGAUCCAAUUUUGCUUAUUUCGAUCACUUUGCUUCUUCACUUACAGAGAAAUUAAUAAUGGAUUCUGAGCAGCGCCGGAAGCGGAAGCGUAUAUACAAAUCCCAUGCCAACUUCUUUUCUGCGAAGUCUUUAACUGUUUGCUUGUCUUUCUUCGCCUUUCUCCUAUUCAUUUCUUCAGAUCGCUCGCCUAUUCGUACUGGGUCGUUUCGGCCAGUGCUUUCCGUACCCACUUCAUUGUCGCUUUUGCCUACCCGUCUAGCUUUAACUCGAGAUUCUUUUGAUGCUAGAUCCUUGUCUUUGGUUGUGGAAGAUAGGGUUUUGUUGCCUGAUCACUUGCUGCUAAUCGUUUCUAAUAAACUCCAUAACACUGAAAAUUUGUACUGUGUUUACUAUAGUUUAUUAAAUUCUUCGUCCUCUGUGGAUGUGGUUUUAAAGCCGACUUUAUUUGUUGAUGAGUAUCGUGAGGCCAAGUCCAUUGUAAGGUGCCAGCUUCCACCGACGAAUUUUUCAGCCGCCGUUGACUUGCGGCGUACUUGGGAGCUGGCAGAAGGUGAUGGGCUCUUGCGGAGUAAUGCGGACUCGGCGGUUCCUUCAUGGGAAAGAGUGGUAUAUGAAGCUGUGUUAGAUUUGAACACAGCGGUUGUGUUCGUCAAAGGAUUGAAUCUUCGUCCACACAAGGAUUCAGAUCCAACCCAAUUCAGAUGCCACUUUGCUUUGACUAACUUUGAUAAGAAUGAAGGAUUUGUGUUCACUACUAAAGCAAUUGCAGCUGCGCAAGAGGUUAUUAGGUGUUUGAUGCCGCGAAGUGUUCGGAGGAAUCCGGAUAAGGCUCAGGGAAUUCGAGUCACAGUUGGCCGGGUUGAUGCUGGUGAAGCUGCACUUCUGCCUUCUGUGGCGAAAGUUUACAGUACCAAUUUGCACCGGCGGAAGAGUUACAGUAGGAAGAAGUAUGAGCUCUGUGCUUGUACAAUGCUGUGGAACCAAGCUUCUUUUCUCCGGGAGUGGAUUGUGUACCAUGCUUGGCUUGGUGUGGAGCGAUGGUUCAUCUAUGACAACAAUAGCGAUGAUGGGAUUCAAGUGGUGAUUGAUGAGCUUAACUUGCAAAACUACAAUGUUAGUCGGUACGCUUGGCCUUGGCCUAAAGCACAGGAGGCUGGUUUUUCGCAUUGUGCUUUGCGUGCAAGGAGUGAAUGCAAGUGGCUGGGAUUCUUUGAUGUGGAUGAGUUCUUUUACUUCCCUCGUCACCGCGGACAAGAUAUGCUAGGUCAGAAUUCAUUACGAACCCUGGUUGCGAAUUACACAAAUUCAACAACAUAUGCAGAGAUUAGAACAAUUUGUCACAGCUUCGGACCAUCUGGUUUGACCUCGGCCCCGUCACAGGGAGUAACUGUUGGGUAUACUUGCCGGCUUCAAGCUCCUGAACGGCACAAAUCCAUUGUGCGCCCAGAACUCCUUGAUGUAACACUUCUCAAUGUGGUUCAUCACUUCAGAUUACAGCGUGGAUACAGGUACCUGAAUGUGCCUGAAAGCACAGCUGUAGUGAACCACUAUAAAUACCAAGUGUGGGAUACUUUCAAAGCCAAGUUCUUCAGGCGAGUGUCUACAUAUGUUACUAACUGGCAAGAGGACCAAAACCAGGGCUCAAAAGACAGAGCUCCUGGAUUAGGGACUAUGGCCAUAGAACCUCCUAAUUGGCAGCUCCGGUUCUGUGAAGUUUGGGACACUGGUCUUAAGGAUUUUGUCUUGGCCAACUUUGCUGACACUGCAACUGGAGUACUUCCUUGGGAGAGGUCUCCUUUCUAACAAAUUCACACUUGAAGGUGCUUGCAGCUAGGCGCCCAUGUAAAACAGAGUAAUCAUACACAACCAUCCAUUCUUUUUUUUUUUUUUCUUUAGCAAUUUUUUAAAAUUGUCACAGGCAUGCAAAUUACACAGUUGUAAAGUUGCUAAAUUAUGAAAUGAUUCUUUUCUUCA